UAGUGCGUGGCGCCACCUUCCUGUGGUGGGUGCUGCGGGCUUCGGAGCGGCUGCGCCGGCGCGCGCUGCACAACGUGCUGCACGCGCCCAUGGGGUUCUUCCUGGUGACGCCGGUGGGCGACCUGCUGCUCAACUUCACCAAGGACCAGGACCUGAUGGACGAGAAUCUGCCCGACUCCAUCCACUUCAUGGGCAUCUACGGCCUCAUCCUCAUCGCCACCACCAUCACCGUCUCCGUCACAAUCAACUUCUUCGCCGCCUUCACCGGCGCCCUCAUCCUCAUGACGCUGCUCAUGCUCUCCAUCUACCUGCCCGCGGCCACCGGCCUCAAGAAAACGCGCGCCACCAGCGGCGGAGCACUGGUGGGCCUCGUGGCGGAGACACUGGAGGGGCUGAGUGUGGUUCAGGCGUUCAACAAGCAAGAUUACUUCAUUCGGGAGGCGGCGCGGCGCAUCGAUGUGACCAACAAUGCGGUGUUCAACGCCGAGUCGCUCAACCUGUGGCUUGCGUUUUGGUGCGACCUGAUUGGAGCGUGCCUGGUGGGCGUGGUGUCGGCGUUUGCGGUGGGCAUGAAGG